UCAUCAGGCUCCUCAUUAUAAAAAAUACUGGAGAGUCCAACAAGUAACAGUCAUUCCACAGUUCAACCUAAGGUGGCGGUAAUGCACAAACAGUCGAACGUAAACCGCUCAAACAAAAAACAAGAAAAAGAAAGUAAAACGUCAUCAAAUUGUGACUGUUUAGUUGAAGCUAAUUUCGAUAGCAGCUCUCAACAUGUUGCAUCUUGGAUUUAACUUUUGGCUCAAUGUGUUUUUCUGUUUGUGGUUUGCUGGAAAAACAAAUGGACGUCGAACUGACGUCGUGACCGUGGUUGUUAAAGAGGGAGAAGACGCCAUCUUACCCUGCUCCAUCAGCAGCAAGGAGAACAUUGUACGAGGACUAUUUGACUGGAAGAAGGAUGGUCAGAAGGAGGUGUUCAUGUACAACGCUGGUGUUGUCUACCAAAAUGGUCAUUUGGGUCAAGAUGAGCAGUUCAAAGGUCGAGUGUCCCAUUUCUCAGAGCAGCUGGAGUUUGGCAAUGCCUCCAUCACCAUCACUAACACAAAACAAGAUGACAGCGGAAACUACACCUGUGUUUUCCCACGUACGAACCCAGGAGAGACUUAUUACAUCCGCCUUGUUGUAGACCUUGUAUUCAUGGACCGGUCAGAAGAAAUCUUAGUUGCAGCACCAAACCCUACUGUCUUGAUAGCUGACGUGACAGAGGCAGGCGUUCUGCUGCAGUGUGUGGUUCAUUGUGCGUCUCCAGAGCCAAAGCUACAGUGGAAGGAUUGUGGAGGAAACCUCCUUCCUGCUGAGGAGCCACAGGUCUCAAAGCGAAGAGACCACUACAAUGUCAUUCUCCAAACGACUGUGACCAAGACGACCAGCAACUGUUUCUACUGUGAAGUCAAACAGGAUGAGAUCGGCCACAUUGUUAAUAAAAGCAUCACCGUACCAGAGAAACUGUUUGAUGACAAGCCCAUCAUCACGGUUCCUGGAUUCAUGGCUGGAUUUUGUGCUGGACUUCUGACUGCAAUAGCUGCAGGUGUUGUUCUCUUCAUAGGCAGGAAAUAUGUCUGGAAGAAAGAUGAUCAGCGACAGAAGAGCCGUUCUAAUUGUGGCACCUUAGAGCCUCUCGCUUCAGGACCUGUGUAAUAGGUUUAUGUGUGUGUGUUUGUAUGCGUACGUUUUAACUUAUUAAACGGUCAUAGAUUCAACCCAUGUUGAGUGGGGUCGAGUGGGCGGCCACGGUGCGGCGCCCGGGGAGCUAGUGUGACGUGUCUUUCUGCCAGGCAUCACAAGACCAGGCCUCCUAAUGCUGUCAAAUAGAGUCACAUUUCAGAGCACUUCCUAGUAUUUCAGUGAGUGAGGGAUUAUAUAUACUAGUUUGAGCAGAUAGAGGUACUGAAGACAAUCUCUAAUCAAUGAUAAUGCCCAACACCCUGCUUCUGACCUUUUUAAAUCGAGUCCCGUCUGUGUAUUUGUGUCAAACACUACACAUCAGUCUGUCCUUCCUCCCACAGUCCAAAUAUGUAGUCAAGUUACUUGGAGAGUGUCUGUAGGUGUGUGUGUACUGUCUGUGACCUGUUCAGGUUAAACCCCUCCCCUCUGCGUUCACAAGUAUGAAAGGAGUUCUCCCAGCUAGAUUUAUGUGUAGUAACUUAUGUCCAGCUUCCCUAUGCUUCAUUCAGAAGGGUUUUAAUUUCUUGUAAUUUCUGUAUAUAUGUAUGGGGGAGUUAUGCUGGUGCUUUGUUAAUAGCUGUCAGUCUGAUGUUUGUUAUUUUGUAGUAAAGAAAAUAUUGUACUGUAAAUACUGUAAUAUAUUUUAUAAAAGAUAUUUUUCUCAUUGCUCCUUUUUUAAAAAAAAACUUUUUUUUGAAUUAUUGAAUGUUUUUUACUGUGUAUGAUAUGUGUAAUGUCUUGCAUUAAACAAUGCCUUUAAGCCUAAACCUGUAGGUCAAAGUUGACUGCUCCUCUUAUGUCGUAACUCUAAUACUUUUUCUUAAGAAAGCCAUUCUCUUUAUUUAUUCAUUCACGGCCAUCUGUUUCUUGUUUAAAAAGAGACUGUAGUUGGUCAGUAUUUAAUGAGUCAAUAUCCACAUUCCAGGACAACCUGAACAAAAAUGACCCAUUUCUAUUUACCUGUUUUCAUCACUCUUCAUAUUCUGUUUAUGAUCUGUGUUGUCUGUUGGAUGUUUUUCUGUAUUUUUGUUGCUGGUUCCAUUGUUUUCUGUCUGUGUUGAGAGCAAACAUAAGGCAAAACACUUUUCCUCUCUGGUUAAUAGCAUUUUUUUAAUCUUGAAUGAAUAUGGUGAUUGUGUGAUUUGUUAUUUCUGCUCUGUGAUGUUAUUGUAAAAAAUGUGAGACACAACAUAUGAAAACUGCAAACAUUAAAAGGGCACAUUUUUCUCUAUGGUUGAUUCGUCCUCCUCUCACCCACCUCCUCCACGGAGUCCAGUGGACAUCCCAGGACAGAACCUCCUCACCAGCUUGUGGAGUCUUUUCCUGCGUACACAGGGAAAAACACAGCGUAGUGGAUGACAGAAACAACCACAGAGUCAUAGAAUGUCCUUAACAUGGACCUGCACACUCCACUCUCAUUUUGUUACUGAAUCUGUUCAAGAUGCGGGUAUCUGUCUUUUCUUUUAUUUAUUCUAUAUUUUAUAUAAAGCUUUCUUUACUGUGAGCUGUUGCUGGGUGAACCCCUAACUUCACUGUACUUGUACAAUGACAACGAUCUAUUUUUAAAGUAUUAAAAGUCAAAGCAUUUAUUAUGCAGACAGAUAAUUAUUACAUUAAUUGAUACUUUAAUUUUCAAACAACAGGGUUUAGUAACUCUUCUCCGGUUUAUUGUUACUAAUGUUUAUAAUGAUGAUGCUGUUCAUUCUGAAUGCACAAUGGUCCAAUAACAUUUUAAUGUAUGAUGCAGUAAUAUACUGUAAAUGUAAAACUACAUGUAGUGAAACAAACAGUCAGUAAAAGUUUAUACUUUAA